AUGGUUUAUAUGCACUAUAUUGCUUCAAGGCCCGUGAAUUCGGCAACAAACUCGCCCCAUUUCGUAUGGGUCGCGAUAUCCCCCGAUCGCAACACGGCCGAUACGCUGUUUCGCAUCCUGCAGGAGAACAAGGGAAAGGCCCUGUCUGUUCCCAGCUUAACGUUCGAUCAUACGGCUCUAACACCCGUGGACAUCGAGAGACUCUCGCCAAAGCUCUGGGUGUUGCAAAUCAAAGAGAGUCCCGAAAAUGUCGCUGCGCUGGGGACCGCCGUAUGUCCGCAUACGUCCCACGACGUCGAUCCAGCUUUUGAUCCUGUCACCGGCAAGAUGUUUCUCUAUUCCAUGGGAAACUAUCCUGACUUGGGCGCCAAACUGCUGCCUCCUACCAGCGACCUAAACCAUGACUAUAUCUCUGGGUACAGCUUCUUCAUUCGCCGCAGUGGCUAUCCCAGCACCUACUGGUACUGCUGCGGCAACCUCAUCUGCCUAUCCACUACUAAACGCUCGCGAUUCAAUGUCUGUAUCGCAGACAGGAGAAAUGGCCAAUGGAACUCUUCGCCCAAGACGCCGAUGAUCGAUCGCGACGAGGUGUCGAUUCAGUGGAUCGAGCGCGACGGCUGUAGAGAAGUCGGGGUUGACGAGAACGAAUGGCUGACAGUCAAAGCAAAGCACCCCAAGGCCUUUCGGUUCUCCGACUUCGAGGGUCGGUUCUACUUGGCGAAUGAGGGAACUCUGGACAAUCCAACCCCUUCGAGGGCAGGGACCACGCUCGAUGUAGUGUGCUGGUCCUCGCCGCAGGUGUUCCAGGACAGCUUUGAGCUCUGCUAUGGGAUGCCGCCGUACGGUGAUUCUUAG